GCGGCAGGCCGAUCCCUGACAGUCUGCAGAGGGAGUCGCGUUGUUUGUCGGGGCCUAUACUUCCGUCAUUUUAUAUCUCUACUGGAUAAACACAGCCGGAGGUUAUUUUCCAUAUAGAUGUGUGGUGCGGGUUGUAGCAAUAAUACAAAUCGGGGGUACACCGGAUAAAGAAAUCAGUGCUUUACCGGAGCUGGGAAACUUGUUUUUUCUCCUGCCUUGGAAAUAAGCAGACGUCAGACCUCGCUGCUGCUGCUGCUGCUGCUGUUAACAUUUUUAUCGCAAUCCCUAACGCACCGCAUUGUUUUGCUUUUUUUGCGGGAUUUCACCGCCGCUACGUGCACUAUGUAGCCAAAGUGAACGGCAUGCUCGUCGGUAGCUGUUAGACGUUUAUCGGCUUUUUAGUUUUAAACACCGUGCCUUGGCGGAAAGGAGAGGAUUUCGUUUUUAUUUAAGGUAGCAUGACAGGAUCCGGAGAGCGAACCGAAGCUAGCCGGGCGAGCUAACGACUUAGCACGACGAUUUAGCCAGACUCACGUUGUUGUUUUGGAUGAACUGACACUUUAAUAUCCACCACAUGAGCUAAACAUGAAGCUUUUUAUUGCAUUUUUUAAUUUUAAUUAAUAGUAACGGACCGGGGUUUGUGUACAUUUAGCUCACACAGUCGGCUAGCACCUCGCUAGCAUUGUGAAAGCUAACAUGCUAACCCACGUAGACACUCCUGUAACAGUAGCAGAUCAUUAAAAUCAGGCAAACACACUGUUAAUGUCUUUAAUUGGCGGCUUUGGGAACAUUUAACCAUGAGUUGAUUGAUGAUGAAUGAGCAGGAGAGUGGGGUGGUCUCCUUUGAUGAGUAUGUGCGGCAGAAGGCCCGCACCGUGCCUCAGCACAGGAUGAAGGAGUUCCUGGAGUCUCUCGCCAAGGGCCCGGAGGUGCUGCAGGAGUUCAGCCAGCAGGGAGGAGGUGGUGGAGGAGGUGGAGGAGGAGGAGGGGUGGCCACCACCACAAACACCAACACCACCACAGCCAUGGUGUACCAGCAGCAGGGCACCAACUGCAUCUACACAGACAGCACCGAGGUGGCUGGGUCUCUGCUGGAGCUGGCAUGCCCGGUACAAGUGACCUCGGCAGACAUCUCACCUCAUCUGUCUGUGCAUCAAGAGUCUGAACAGCAGCUCCAAGUGCAGGUUCAGAUUCAAGAACAGCAGGGCCAAACAAUUGGCCAAGUUCUUCAGGUGGCCUCCCCGUCUCAGCAGGACCUGCAGGGAAUCUCAGGAGCCCAGCUCGUUCAGCAGGGAGAGCUCACAGAGGAGCAGCAGCAGCAGAUUCAGGCGCAGUUGGUUGCAGCUGUAGCUGGAGGUCAACAAAUCCAGCAUAUUCAGCUACCAGGGGGCCAGCAGAUUCAACUUCAGGCUGGCCAGCAGAUUCAGCUACAGGGCGGGCAACAUAUUCAGCUACAGGGUGGGCAACAUAUACAGCUACAGGGCGGGCAACAGAUUCAGCUACAGGGCGGGCAACAGAUUCAGCUACAGGGCGGCCAGCAGAUUCAGCUACAGGGCGGCCAGCAGAUACAGCUACAGGGCGGCCAACAGAUUCAGCUACCAGGGGGCCAACAAAUCCAUCUACAAGGUGGCCAACAAAUUCAGCUACAAGGUGGCCAACAGAUCCAAAUCCAGACCAUAGAGGCCAUGUCUCCAUCACAGCAAGAGGACUCUCUCAGGGAGGCAGAGAGGAGGUCCGGCACUGUGUCAACCGUUCUCCAGCCUGCCAAGAAGCGUAAGGUGGACGUCCCUCUAGCUGUGUCCUAUGCUGUUCCACAGGGUCAGCAGGUGGCCACAGUGCUAGCCAUCCCUCAAGGGCAACAGCAAAGCUACGUGUCCCUACGGCCAGAUUUGCUCACCGUCGACAGCGCUCAACUGUACAGCACCACAGGAACAAUCACAGGUCCCACAGGUGAGACCUGGACCAUCCCUGUGUACUCCACUCCGCAGCAGCAGGGUGUUACUCACAUCGCCAUACCGCAGGAGACGUACAGCACAGUGCAAGUUACCACCACCAACGGGAAAGACAAAAUGUCCCCGAGCUCCUCAUCGAGGUCCGUAGAUGUGCAGUCCGCCUCCGCUGGGACGCAGGAAGAAAUAGUACAGACCCUGUUCCCGGCGCAGUUCAUGAACGGGAACAUUCACAUCCCUGUGGCAGUGCAGACCGUAGGAGGGACUUACAACACUACGCAGUCGGUACACAUAUGGGACCCAAAUCAACAGCAGGGCCAAGGAGAAGAGGGACAAGAGCAGCAGCUCCAUCUGCAGGGUCACAUAGAAACGGAUGCUCACGCUGAACCACCAACAGAAAUUCUGGUUCCUGUCUGUCUGAAGCCAGAGGAAGGCCUGGAGGUCUGGCGCCUUUGGGCACAGCGAAAAAACGCAGAGCUGAACAAGCAGGAGAAGACGAAGCUUGCACCUAUAGGACGUCGACAGCCGCUGCGUUUUCAAGAAGACUUGGUGUCCAGCGCCGUCGCUGAGUUAAACUUGGGUCUUGCCCUGAUGACGCAGGAGGCACGAGGAGUAGACGAAGAACAAUUUGCAUCUGAUGUUCUGUAUUAUGUUUUCUUGUGCAUACAAAAGUAUCUCUGCGAAAACGGCCGUGUGGAUGAUAUUUUCGCUGAUCCGUACUACACACGCUUUUGUGGGAGUUUACACAAAAUCCUGGAUGGUUGGAAACCCAGUGUCCAUCCUUUAGGUUAUAUCAUUCCAAGUCACGUGACAGAGGAGAUGCUUUGGGAGUGUAAACAGCUCGGUGCACAUUCACCAGCCACGCUGCUCACAACUCUCAUGUACUUCAACACUAAGCAUUUCCACCUGACGACGCCUGAACAGCACAUGAAAGUAGCUUUCUCGAAGGUCCUAAGACACACGAGGAAGAACCCCGCUAACGCCAAGGACAAAGCGACCAGUAUCCGCCUUCUCAAAGGACAAGGUCCACACAGCGGCGGACAGAAAGGAGCUGAUGAAAUGUUUGAAGAGCAGGCAGAGGAUCCUGAGAAUCCUCUUCGCUGCCCCAUCAAACUUUACGACUUCUAUCUCUUCAAAUGCCCUCAAAGCGUUAAGGGACGUAACGACGCUUACUACAUGACUCCAGAGCCCGUCGUCGCUCCUAACAGCCCGAUGUGGUACUCGUCUCAGCCCCUCACCAGUCAGCAAGUGGAGCACAUGCUGGCCCGCAUCAUUGUGGUCCGAGAGAUCCAGGAGAUCAUCAGUGCCGGCGGAGACAACAUGAGCUAAACUGAGAGGACUGACUGGACUCGUGGGAACUUUUCCGGUGUUGUUGACUAUGCAGUAUCCAUCCUGACUCUGUAAACCUCAAUGACCAUCUCAAAUCAAAUGGAUCAACAAUCAUCACUCUCUGAGGAGUGUAAUUUUUUUUUUCUCUCUUCUUAAUUUUCAUCUGAUGCGGUGGACUGUUCUUUUCUUUCUCUUGACUGCCUUUGUAAGCCAUUACCUCUGUAACCUUUUGAAAUGGCAAGUAGGGAGGCUUCUGUCUCACCAACGCUGGACUAUUACUGAGCUUACCAGAGGUGGUAAAUGUUCCUUCCUGUAAAAGUCAGUCUUAUCGAUUAUGAUGAGGAUAUUUAACCCUUCGCUACUUAACCUCACAGACCUUUAAUCACGUCUAACUUCUCGUCAAAGUCCCACUAUGAUACAUCACAUCUUACUGGACAAUUACAGGGACCAUUUCCCCACAACUUCUCUUUUUGUAUAAUGACUUGCAUUUUGGAUCAUAUGUAUUGAUAUGUUCAAAGCUGAAGAACUUGUGCCUGUUUUUCAAAAAACGACGUCAUAAUUUAUGCUUGUGGAUCAUCGAGCGAGCUGAACCUCAGAUAUUCACAAGGUCAAGUGCUAUAUUGUAGUCAUUCAGGAGAUCGGAAACAUUUUUCUCAGGUCAAAGUUAGUGAUUUGAAACACCCAUCAAGGACAUUUGCCAACUUGUAUGUAUAGUAGGUUAUUAAACAGGAUAUACAGAUGGAAACAUCUUUUUGUUUAGCUAACACAGUGUUAAUCCUUGUAUCAAAAGUCAUGUCAAGCAAUUCAGAAAUGAAAAGUACUUAGCGUCGUGUCUGUGGAAAUGUUGACAUUUGAAAUAAGGAUUAGUUGUGGACCAACAGCAUCCAUAGCCUAGUGGUGCCUCCCUUGCAAUGACUUGUACAUUUGGAUGAACUACGUUGACAGAAAUAGUUGUGAUACAGUUCUGCUUCAUUUGUUUAUUACUAAAAAUGAGUUGUAUAGCA